CGAAAUUGGAGGUUAUCUGGGUAAACACAAAUUUAUGGUGUUUACAAACGUGACGUCACGGUGACUAUACACAAUUCAUGACGACUACAUGCCAUACCAAUUUUUAUAUAGAUGCGCAUAUACAGUAUUCAAAUCUAGUGAUACUCAUCCAAAACAUCAUUCUGACUAAAGUUAUACUUUAAAUCCCCAUUACGAUGGCAACCUCCAAAUCGCCCGCCGCAAACCCCUCCGUCACACCAGAUCCCAAUGUUGACGGCUCAGUGAUCCGCAAAGCGUUUCUCACCGAAGCAAUCGCCAAUCUGUUCACCAUUCCUCUCGUAACAAACACAUCCUGGGUGCUCUCCUUCCUCCUCAACCACCCCUCGGACAUCAACCCCUCCUCUAUCCUCUUCGCGCGUCUGUUUGGCGGUCUGGUGAUCGGCGGUCUGACAUCCGCCUUGCUGGCUGGCUACACAAACACACGUAAUGGCAUUGAGAGCAGACGUCCAACAUAUUUGCUCCUGGGUCUCGGAGAGGCGUGCUUGAUUCCACUUCUAGUGAUCGAGAUGCUGAAAGAUGGAGGGAGGGACGCUGCGAUCACCAAAAAAGUUGCUGGAGUCAGUAUCGGAAUGCUGCUGCCUCCUCUGCUGUGGAGAAUCUAUGUGCUUGGUGUCAGACCAGACCUUCUCGGAAAGUAUACGGAGAAAAGGAGUGGCGGCGAGAGAGGCGAUUAUGGGUCCAUCAGCUCGCGUAACGAGUGA